ACUACGCGACUUUCAUACCAGGCUGCGUCCGCGUCGUUCCUCAGUCAAAGAAAUGGCCCCAUCACCGACAAAGCGGAAAGAGGAGGAGAAAAAAGACCGAACUAAGGAAAAAAGUAAUGCAAAGGAGGGCGACAAAGAAAGAGGACGGGAAAAAGUCCGAAAAAGACGCAGUGCUUCUUCUGGCAGCAGCAGCAGCCGGUCCAGAUCAAGCUCCAGUUCGAGCAGCAGCUCUGGCUCCAGCUCAGGCUCCUCAAGUGGAUCUAGUUCAUCUGGAUCCAGUCACUCUGGAUCCUCCAGCUCCCGCUCAUCCUCCUCUUCCAGCUCCUCUGCAUCUCCGAGUCCCAGUCGCAGGCGCCAUGACAACCGCCGCCGAUCCCGCUCAGCCUCCAAAACACAAAAGAAGGGAGAUGAAAAGGAGCGCAGAAAAAGAAGCCCGAGUCCAAAACCAACAAAGAUUAACCUGGGUCGGCUGACCCGGAAUGUCACUAAGGAACAUGUGCAGGAGAUUUUUGCCACAUAUGGCAAAAUAAAAAAUGUUGAAGUGCCCAUCGACCGGUUCUUCACGCACAUGUCCAGAGGCUAUGCCUAUGUGGAGUUUGAGGUGCCGGAAGAUGCGCAAAAAGCCAUCAAAUACAUGGAUGGAGGCCAAAUCGACGGACAGGAAAUCACUGUAUGUCCUGUGCUGACUCCGCGAGUCAGACAACCCCCUCGUCGCCCCUCUCCUCCCCCUCGCCGGAUGCCUCCACCACCACCCAUGUGGCGUCGUAGUCCGCCCCGCAUGAGACGAAGGUCUCGUUCCCCUCGAAGGCGCUCUCCUCCGCGUCGUCGUUCCCGCUCCAGGUCCCCCGGCCGCAGGCGCCACCGCUCUCGUUCCAGUUCUAACUCCUCCAGAUAGAAGCCCCAGUGAGGAUUACUUUUAAAGGGCCAGAGGAGUUUGUGAUCCCAUGAUGAAACGCGAUGUAUCUGCUCGUAGGAUAGUUUCCCUAUUUUGCCCCGAAAUGUUCUUUUGAUUUCAUGUUGUUAUUUUUGUCCAUGAUCAGUUUUGGCUCUACUCUUGUUCUGACCAGUCAAUUUUUAUUCAAACGUUUUUAAUUUUGAGAAAAACCAAAUAAAAAAAAUCAACAGAAACUGUCUGC